AUGGCGUCUCUAGCAGGGCACAACUUCAACCUGUUCUCGCAGCAGCAGCAGGAGGAAUACUCCCACUUCGCCGACGCAACUCACAACCCCGUCUUCUCCUCUGCGCCCAUGGACAUGGGCAUCGCCGCCGAUGCCUUUGCCUCGUAUGUGCAGCGCGCACCCAGCCAGGAGCACUACAGCACCAGCCCCAGCACCAUCAGCUUCGAAUACACCACCGACCCAGCUUCCACCUACAUGAUGAACAACGCUACCUCACCAGGCGUGUACGGCGACGACCUGCUCUCCAACAUGUCCACCGGCUCUGCAUCGUCCUCUGCGGUUGGAUCUCCUCUCUCAAACCACGGCCAGACGGGCAUGGAUCUGGCUCACUAUGGUGGCCUCAACAUCCAGCCGAGCAUCGCCGGCGAAUAUCUCGACUUUGCUGCCUACGCGCACGGAAUGGAGGAUGUGACGCCCUAUGAUUUCGCCAGCCUGGCGCCCGCCAAGUCCUAUGUUGAUCCCUCUCUGAUUCACCCGGAGAUCUCCAGACCGCCAAUGGCGAUAUCUCCGUUUGAGACACACUACCAGCCCGCCGUCCACUAUCCCUCUUCGCCCUCUGCCAUCUCUGCUGCCUCUCCCCAGCCACACCUGAUCCGCACCAGCAGCUCAUCGCCAUAUCUGCAGAGCGGUCCCUUCCAGCCCGGCUUCGCUACCAGCCCGUAUGCGACCAACGCCAUGAGCAACGGUGCUGGUGUUGGCGCUCGCCGCCUGAGCAUGAGCAAGACGGGCGGCAACAGCUUCAACGUCUCUCCCGUCUCCGCCGACUACCACAGCGGCGACGAGGUCAAGGAGAAGCAGCGAUGCUCCUAUCCCGAGUGCGGCAAGACCUUCAAGGAUCUCAAGGCCCACAUGCUCACCCAUCAGACUGAGCGCCCUGAGAAGUGCCCCAUCACGACAUGCGAGUAUCACAUUAAGGGGUUUGCUCGCAAGUAUGACAAGAACCGUCAUACCCUGACGCACUACAAGGGCAACAUGGUCUGUGGCUUCUGCCCCGGAUCGGGGUCUGCGUCCGAGAAGUCGUUCAACCGCGCCGACGUCUUCAAGCGACACCUCACCUCUGUCCACAAUGUCGAGCAGACCCCCCCCAACAGCCGCAAGAGGACUGGCGGCGCGCCAAUGACCCUCGCCGGCUACGCUGCCGACGCCACUGGCAAGUGCAGCACUUGCUCGCAGUGCUUCAACAACGCCCAGGACUUUUACGAGCACUUGGACGACUGCGUGCUGCGCAUGGUUCAGCAGGAAGACCCCGCCGAGGCCAUCAACGCCAAGCGCCUGGCCGAGGUUGCCGACGACAAGAACGUCCACCAGACCCUGGAGAAGAACAAGCUGCCCAUCACCACCCAGACCUCUCAGAUUCAAGAGGAUGACGACGAGGAUGACAUGAUGGAGGAUGACGAGGAUGACAUGACCACCUUUUCGCCCUCGAGGAAGAAUGCUUCCCUCAACCGCAUUUCAAAGUCUCGCGGCAUUACCCACUCCCGUGGCGGUGUUCCCCUCACUGCCAAGCGCGGCCGCAACAAGCGCCGCGACUACCCUUCCUCUUGGGGAUUCAACAAGGGCCAGAUGACGAUGAAGAAGCGUGUCAUGGCAGUCUUUGACGGCCCUCGACGCCUUGCCAAGGAUGAUUUGAUGCUCUCCACUGAUCACGAGGUCCGCAUCAAGCUCUCUGACGGCAAGUCUUAUGUGACGGACCUUGACGUCCAGACCUUGAAGCGUGCUGAGGGUUUCCACAAUGCCACUGAUGAGGAGAAGGGCCCUUGGAUCUCUGACGAUCCCACUGAGGAGCAGUUGAAGGAGAUGCAGGAG